CUACUAGUCUAGUCUACUGACAGUCUCUGUGUCAGUGUGUCUACAUUUUUUUUACUCAAGUUUGAAGUUAUUAAACUCAUUUCUUCAAAUUUAGUCAGUUUAGUGUGUCUACACUCCAGUUCAGAACAGUUUCUGCUCAUCAGUCCAGAUAGUGAGAACAAGAAGUGAACAUGCAAAAAUAUCCAACCCAUUGAUUGGAAAAACCCAGAUUUAAACAAUUUGUUUUCAACUUUUUUGGAUUAGUGACUAUCGUCCAUUAAAAUUGGACAUGAAGGAUUGGUACUAUUUCUAAAAUCAUAGAUCAACAUUGUGAAUCUGUUGUUAUAUUAAAAUCUUCCAGAUUUGAUUUUGAAAGUAAUUUGAUUUGAAGAUUACUUUAUGAACUACAUUGCCCUAUUGCAGUUCUAUUUAGACUAUCACCUGCAUUAUUAAAUCCACGUUGUCUUAGACAAACCAGACAUUUGCCUUUACACGCACACAAAAAAUGAAUUCUGCAUCAGAUCUGGCGUUUGCUCAUCAGGUUGUUGAAAUGAUCAGUUCCUCAGUCUCUCUGCCCAUUUCUAAUACAGAAAUUGAAAGUGUGACUUUUUCAGAGAUAGGUGUUGAAGGCAUAAGUUCUAGUAUUGUUCCUAUUUCUGAGGCAGGUGCUAGUGAAACUAGUUCUGGAAGUGUGCCCAUUUCAGUGGCAGUCGUUCAAGAGAUUAGUACUUCCGGAAGUGUGCCUACAUCUAUGGCAGGCAUUCAAGACAAUAGUACUUCUGGAAGUGUGCCCAAUUCUAUUGCAGGCGUUCAAGAGAUUAGUACUUCUGGAAGUGUGCCCAUUUCAGAGGUAGGAGUUAAAGAAAUUAUUUCUGAGAGUGUUCCCAUAUCAGAAACAUGUGAUGAUAUUGCUACUUUAUUAGCUGAUCCAUUAUUCGUCAGUUUUAUGUCUGUACAAGACAAGGCAAAUCAAGUUUAUUAUCUCAGAGAAGAAGGUUUGACCCCAGAAGAAGUGAGACUAAAAAAUUAUAUCACAUACUUAUCGAAGGUUCGCUGUGAGGAAAAAAAAGAGUUUUUACAAAUCCAGGCGGCUCUUAAAGCCAAACUGAAUUCACUGCCUCGCUCUGUAAAAAAUUUAAAACAAACAAUCAAAAGAAGAGAAGACGCUAUACAAUUUCUGAAAGAAAAAAUAAAAGCAAUAAAAACCGAAACAGGUCAUUAUAAAUUUAAAGAAAUGGAACAGUUGUUCCUCGCUGAGAAAAAAAGACACAGAGAACUUUUUAAAGAAGCUGCAGCAUUUAGGAAACUCAAAACAAGAUUAGAAGCCAGGAAUGCAACAAUUCAAAAGCUGCAACAGGAAAAGCCUCUCUUGUUGGAGGCUAUGAAAGAGCUUGAAAGCCAAAUAAAUUCUUUGAAGGAAAAUAAUAGCUCAUUGGGGAAGAGUUCAUCAGGAGAGAAGCAGUAGCUCUUGGCAAUACAUAUAUAUACUCAUACUUCUGAACACAGUUUGAUCAUUGAAGUUUUGUUAGUGUUCCAAAAAAUGAAUAUUUCAAAACUGUGUCAGCACAAACAUCUGAUGUGAUUUAAUUUGUUUGAAUAGCUUUUUACCCCCACCCUUUUUAAAAAAAAUUAAAUCCAAUAUAAGUGAAAGCAGUGUGUAUAUAGAACAUAGUCUCAUUGUAUAAUGAUUGAUUUUGUGUAUCUUCUUUAAUGGUUGUAUAAAAUAUGUAGGCUUCUGUCCAAAUUGAGUUGCUGCAAGUGUCUAUGAACCAUGACCCCAAAUUGUUUUUCUUCUUUCAAUUUUCCACUGAAGCUAUUAACUGAUGUUAAGACCAUAUUUAAAAAAAAAACUAUUAAAAAAAAACACUUUUAUUUACAUGUAUAUCUUUUUACUUGUACUGUCACCACUGUAAGCCUAACUGUAAUCACAACUAGAAAAUAUAUAAGCACCACCUGAGACAUCCAAUAGAUUCUUUGUUUCAAUAUAAUUAUUUCAAUAUCAUAUAGUACUUUUAAAGAAAAACAAAUUAUAAUUUGAUGCCUAGAGGCCACAGACCUCCUAUAGAUUAAUAUGACAAGCAGUGUUAGUAACAUUAAAACGUUCUUGGCUACUCUACAUGUUGUUUGAGAAAAUCAUUGAUUACUUCCCUUUUGAACAUAUCCAGUUUACAACUUGGUAUUUGUAGAUGAUUGGUCCAGCUACAGAUGUCAUUUUAUUAGUCAUGACUUUCUGGUAGAAAGGGCAAGUCAAACCAUUGCUAAACUCUUAGAACUGUGAUGCAGUUACAACACUGCCUGAUUUUCUUAAAUGGGUUUACUUGGGCAGGGUUUUUUAGAAGACCUCUACCCUCUUCUAGCUUUAAUAUUUAAAUGGCACUUAAUAAUGUUAUAUAGCUCCUCCUUUGUGGUCAAAGAUGGCUAUUAAUAAUCUAAUAAUAAUUAAUAAUGAUAUGAAUACAUCUUUGAGCAUACGCAGUGUCAUACUUGGGAAGAACGAAAUAGAGUAUUUGUACAUUUAUCUUAUGCUGUGUUUUUUUUUUAUUUGUAUCUAUUUAAGAUGCAUGCCUGUAUUUUGAAAAAAAAUAUUUUGAUGUGGAUGCCCUCAUUAAGGGUAAGACUCUGGGUAGCUGCACAGUCUUGUGCUGUUUUAAUUUCAGCCCUGAGUUACACUCAUUGUAAAUGUUUUUGUCUCCAAGUCUUAUAAGUCAGUGGUAAAUGAUUUCAUUCCAAUAGUCCUUACAUUACUAAAACAAUUUAUGUUGUGAUAGCAACUCAAAAAAUUUAACUUUGUUUUGUUGUGAACUGUGUAGAUAUACUCAUUGCUUUCUUUGUUAGUAACAAACAUGUUUGGCAAAAUAGUACAAGGCUACACUUUAUUUAGACAAUGUGAUUAAGCCUAUUACUGGUACCACAUUAUUAUUAUUAUUUUAACUUGUACCUCUGUAGUCUUUUGAGGCAUGCAGUAAUAAUAAAAUACAAAUAUAUGGCUAACUAUAAGACAGAGAUUUUCAAAUUUAAAACGCAACUGUCAUUACUUUUUAGGUAAGUGUACAGGAACUAUGAAUAGCACCAAUCUCCUUGAGAAACAAAAUAUCUCUCUUACUGGUGAGCUCAUAUAGCAACAUGUUUGUGUUGGGAGAUGUCCUGCUAUUGCCAAAUGUACAUUGAUCGAGGCUUGUCGCCCUUGGUUUAUUGCAGAGCUCAGAGCUCGAGGAAAUAGUAGCCUACUAUCAAGCAAGAGCCUAGUUCUUUUAUACAAUCUCUAUCUCCCUUUGAUCCUUACUUCAACAAUCAUUACUAUAAUUCCAUAUGUAUAUAGUUGGUUUUGUUUUGUUUUCAAUUUACUAUAAAUGUAUAUAGUUUGUUUUGUUUUGUUUUCAAUUUACUAUAAUUUCAUAUGUAUAUAGUUCGUUUUGUUUGUUGUUUUGUUUACAAUUUACCGAUGCUUUUCAAAAUGAACACAUGAAAAUGAAGGAGUGGGCAGACCUGUCUGGUUUUAUUUCUGCUCCCUCUCUUUCCGAACUUUUACAACAGGUAUUUUUUGUAUGCGCUCUUGCGUCUUUGUAUUAUAUAGUUGACCCCUUAUUUUAUAUCUUUAAUGAUAUUUUGUUUGUAGCUGAACGACUUCUUGCAUACAAUCAUUAGUGUUCAUUUAAAAUCUGCACUAUUUGACUUGUUGAUAAAGACGACACUUCAACUGUAGAACGAGCGUUAUCAGUUAUAUCAUACUGUCUUGAAGGCACACCAUGUGCACUGGCCAGUUCAACUCCAUGAUACGUUUUUUUUUUUUUUGUGUGUUUUAAAAUACCGGCACGUUAAGUAAAGCAGCUUGUAUGUUAGCAUUUGUUUUGGUUAUUUCCCUUUUUUAAAGCUUUGGUUGUCAUUGAAUUCGUUUGUUAAACGAACACAAAACGUGUUUGAAAUUGUUUUAAUGAAUAAAGUUUUUUUGUUAUGACUUGGA